CUGCGAUGUUUAUUUACAAAAUACCACGAGAACAAAAGCGCAUUUAUCUCAUUCCUUAUUAUUAAUUGUUCUUUAAUAAUAUUCGUAUAUUACUCAACGAAAUGAACUUUCUUUUAAUUAUUGAAAGAGUUAGCACACCGUAAGACCUUAACCUCCAUUUGAACGCUGUGUAUCGCCGUUUACGCGGUCUCGCUGAAAGGAGUAUUUACGAUAAAAUACGUUUACAUUAUUGCGCAGUUUAACACGAAGCUCAUUCUUUAUCACAGGUAUCGCUUGUUAAGACCAGUGAUAGAUCGUUCUCUGCGCGAAUUAUACGCUGCAAAGUUGAUUUCCAAGAGAAAUCUAACCUGUAAUCGCGCGUGAUUUUUUUGAGGUUAUAUUUGUCUACGUAAAUAUUUCAUGAAUUGGGUAGAAUAUUUCUAUCUGACGCACUCUAGAGUGGAUUAAACAUCUCAAAAUUGCCGUGGGUGACAAUUGUAAUAAGCAUUGCGGAAAGGAACAUUGUAAGCAGCAUGCCUACGUGGAACCAGAUUCAGGCUCAGCUGCGAAAUCCCAACAAUCCGGUUGUCUUCUUCGACGUGUCGGUAGGCACCACAGAAAUAGGUCGUAUGAUCUUCGAGCUGUUCGAGGAUGUGUGCCCGAAGACGUCGGAAAAUUUCCGGCAAUUCUGCACCGGUGAAUACAGGAAGGAUGGUGUUCCGCUGGGUUUCAAAGGAGCCAUCUUUCACAGAGUGAUCAAGGAUUUUAUGAUACAAGGGGGUGACUUCGUCAACGGCGAUGGUACCGGAGUGUUGAGUAUCUAUAGUGGUGGAACAUUCCCAGACGAGAACUUCACCCUGAAGCAUGACUCUCCUGGUCUAUUGUCUAUGGCCAAUAGCGGGAAGGAUACCAAUGGCUGUCAGUUCUUCAUUACAUGCGCCAAAUGCAACUUUUUGGAUGGCAAGCAUGUUGUCUUUGGCAGAGUGAUUGAUGGUCUGCUCGUCAUGAGAAAAGUGGAAAAUGUUCCUACUGGACCGAAUAAUAAGCCAAAAAUUCCAGUUACGAUAUCUCAAUGUGGACAGAUGUAGCAGUAAUGUGUUACUUAUUUAUACUUGUAUAAACUCUUUCUCACAUUAUUGAUAUAAUUGUAUGGGCCUGUCCUUUAAAAAAAAGAAAACCAUAAAAAUAAAAUUUUUAUUUUAUGUAAAAUUGUUGUUAUGUAUUUGGAAUUAUAUAAAAGAUGUAAUAAUCUCUCUUUGCUUGACGCAAUAAUUUUACAUACAUUAUUUUUGUAAUUCAUAUUAUUAUAUGCAAUUUUGAACUUUUGUUCUGAUAUUACAAUAAUCCAAUUUGAUAUAUGAAAGUUUUAAAAAAUUGCAACAUUUAUAUAAUAAUUUAUAUGUAUAAAAAAUGUGCCAAUUAGAAUUUUAUUUUAGUUUUCUUUUCUUUUAUUUCUACUUAUUUUUAAGAUAUGUGUGUAAUAUCUAUAAUUUAUAUAAAAACUUAUAUAGUUAGAGGUUUUCUUUUAAUUAUCUUAUUAUACAUUAAUAUAUUUGCAUUUUCUUGCUAUUAUAUUACUUUCAUAAAAAAGUCAAAGGAAAGAAAAGGAAGAGAAAACAUGCACAAUGGAAUCAAACAAAAAAAACAAAAAAAAAACAUUAACAUUUUAUUUGUAGCACAUUUAGUAAAUUGCUACUUUAUUAUAUGUCCAAAAGAUAUAUAUUUGUAAGUAUACUAUAAUCUUUAGUAGAGCUUAUCAAAACUAAAUAUUUACACAAAACUUAUAUAUAUACAUAUAUAUAUAUAUAUAUACAAUAUACAUAUAUGUUUAUUAGCUAAAAUUAUAAAUGGGUGAAUAAAAGAAAACUCACUCAGUUAUCUUACGAACUUUAAUUUUAUUAUUAACAUCUGUACAUAUGAUAUAAAUAUUUUAUAAUGACUCUACGUAUCAUGUACGUUUGUAAAUAAUGAAAUCUCGAGUAAUUCUUCAAUUUUGUCUUUAUAGAUCUAGACUGAUUUUUACGAAUCGAAGUAAAGAAUUGUUCAUACACAUCGGAAUUGUCCAUACACAUACAUUUAUAUAUUUGUAUCAGCAUCGAUUCGAUGAGACUCAAACUGUAAAUUUAUUAAUCUAUAAUUGUUGUAAAUUUUAAUUUGUAAAUUUUGUUUGUUUUUCCAAACUUUGUUUCAUAAUUUUCUCGCUUAUUUAUUAUAUGUCGUAAGGAUUAUGUACAAUUAUUUUAAAUUAAGAUCUAUUUCCACAUUGGUCGAUGUCGGUUACAUAACUAUUCAAUCACUUAUGUAUGAAUAUGUUGAUUAUAUCCACGAUGUCUGAAAAAUUCUAAUAUAAUUUUAUUAUUACAUUAUACAGUAUCUCAAAGCUAUAAAAUAUAUUUUUUCAAAUGUGUUUUAUAAUUUUAAAAUUUUUUAAUGAAAUGUUGGGUAUCACAAUGUUUGUCAUGAUCUGUUAAUUUAUAAUUGAUUAUGACACGAUAUUAAAUAAUAUCUUUUUAUUAAUUAUUUAGUUCUUUUUUAAUUCAAGAUCAAAAUUAAGAAUUUACAGAGAUUCAAAAUUAAGUACUUUUUAAAAUAUUAGUUGAUGUAUCAGCGUUAUAACGCAUCUUCCUUUGUAAUCUUGACAGUAGUAUCAACGACGGAAAACGCAAUUCUGAUAAACUCAGUAUAUAUCGAAACCAAUAUAGUCGUUCACAGU